UCACGUAGCGAGGCUCCGCUCCUGCCAUGCUGGUCAUUGCAAGGCUCGCGCGCGAGACACAUACUACAAGAAUCUCCUUUCUCCAUCCCCCUCUCUUCUCUUGACCCGGCAACGACACACGGACGACGCCAUGGUUGGAGUACGCCGUCGUUCUACCACACGGCCGCCUGUCGGCAUCAAAAUACACGUCGAUCGGAACACGUUCAGCGCUGGAGACACCAUUCAGGGAACUCUCGACAUCACCACCACUACCGAUUUUACCUUUACCGAUCUUGACAUAUUCUUUCUCGGCACCAGUCGGUCGAUAGUCGAGCGUUUUACACCCACGGCGAGAUCCGGUGGGCGAGAGGAGGCCUUCCAUGUCUUCCUGAGUCUCGCACAGCCUAAUCUGAAGAUAUACUACCCGCCGCAUCACCUCCUGAAAGCCGGCCAGACCUACACUUUUCCCUUCCUCUUCGGUGUCCCGGACAGACUGCUACCACGUGCCUGCAAGCACGCCGUCGUCAACGAUGCAGUGCGAGACGCUCAUCUCCAGCUUCCUCCCUCCUUUGGCGACAACGACCUCAUGCGCAAACUAGACCUUCCCGACGAUCUGUCGUCGGGCAACGUCUCCAUCAGAUACGGAGUGUAUGCUCGGCUAUCGCGUUCCGAAACCUUUGAGGACGACGAGAGGGAAACGGUGGUUCUCGCAACAAAUGCGCGAAGACUGCGAAUCAUCCCAGCUCCUCAGACACCGUCGACGAUGUCUCAACAACCAGAUCAGCCUCCCGUUCGAAUCGAGAGGACCAUUCGAAACAAGGGCCUCAUCAAAUCCGGGGCUCUGAUCAUCGAAACAGAACGACCACAGACGGUCUACAUCGCGUCAUCUCCUGCUCAGCGCAAAGACAGUAUCUCCACCACGAUCAAAGUAGCACUGCGCUUCGAUCCGAUCCACGAUGGACACUCCCCUCCGCGAUUAGGACGACUGGUGACGUUGCUCCAAACCUCCACCUUCUUCGGAACCAACAAAAGGGACGGUUUUCCGACGCGGCAAAGUGUCAAAGAGGAUAUGGCGCAAGCAGUGCAUACCCAUCACCACGUCCUCUCGCGACGCAACGUGGCCAGUGUGCAGUGGACAAAAGUGCGCGAUCAACAAGGCGAAACGGCAGAGAGUUCUCAAGAGCACGCGACACUGGGGCCGAGCAAGACGUACAAAGGGGGGGUCUACUACGUUGCAGAGGUUGUUGUGCCGUUGAGCCUGCCCGGAAACGUGACGUUUGUACCUACGUUCCACUCGUGCCUCAUGAGCAGAGUCUACAGCCUCGAGUUAUGCCUGGGCGUGCAGGAUGGGAACAUGCUGAGUCGAGCGAUCCGUCUACAGACGGCGCUGGAGCUGUCGACCGACGCACAAUCCGACUCGCCAGCCUACGACGCUCGACAACGGCAAGACAGCGGGUUCAGCAGUGUGGAUGACGACAACGACUUUGCAAGGCUACUCUCCCGCUCCGUCGAUGGGCAACGACACGGUAGUGUGCUGGGAUACGGGCAUUGGGGGCUGCGGGUGGAAGAGCUGCCUGCAUACACGCGAUGAUGGCGUGUCGCGGACAGGUGGGCGACAUGUGCAACAUCGCUUUACGGAACCA